UUUAAUCCUUGUUGGUAUUGCAAGCAGUUUCAUAUGACUCCGCAGAGAAAAGGCUACUACAAGCACCUCUCUGAAGAAGUGUUUCGGCUACAGAUUAAAAAAAUACAAAUGUCAACUUCCCCACCAACCUCUUGCGAUUGGAUGCUCCUGGUUGAACAGAAGAAUAUAAAUGUCCGAGUUACAACCAUGGAUGCUGAGCUGGAGUUUGCCAUCCUGCCCAGCACAACUGGCAAACAGCUUUUUGACCAGAUUGUGAAGACGAUCGGGCUGCGGGAAACCUGGUUCUUUGGCCUCCAGUAUCAGGACAGCAAAGGCUUCUCCACCUGGCUCAAGCUGAACAAGAGGGUGACAGCUCAAGAUGUGAAGAGGGACAACCCUUUGUUGAUCAAAUUCAGGGCCAAGUUUUACCCUGAGGAUGUUGCCGAUGAACUGAUCCAGGAGGCAACACAGCGUCUCUUCUUCCUGCAGGUAAAAGAAUGCAUCCUAAAUGAUGACAUAUACUGCCCACCUGAGACUGCGGUGCUGUUGGCCUCUUAUGCAGUUCAGGUCAAACAUGGAGACUACAGGAAAGACUAUCACGUACCAGGAUACCUCUCAAGAGAGAAGAUGCUGCCACAGAGGGUUAUGGAGCAGCACAAACUGAAUAAGAAUCAGUGGGAGGAAAGAAUCCAGGUGUGGCAUCAAGAGCACAAGGGAAUGCUCAGAGAAGACGCCAUGGUGGAGUACCUCAAGAUAGCCCAGGAUCUGGAGAUGUACGGGGUCAACUAUUUUAACAUUAAGAACAAGAAAGGGUCAGAGCUGUGGUUGGGAGUGGACGCACUGGGCCUCAACAUCUAUGACAAAAAGGACAAGAUGACCCCAAAGAUUGGCUUUCCCUGGAGUGAGAUCAGAAAUAUUUCCUUCAAUGACAAGAAGUUUGUCAUCAAACCAAUCGACAAGAAAGCUCCGGACUUUGUUUUCUACGUACCUCGUCUCCGCAUCAACAAACGUAUCCUGGCAUUGUGCAUGGGGAAUCAUGACCUUUACAUGCGUAGACGUAAACCUGACACCAUCGAGGUGCAGCAGAUGAAGGCCCAGGCCAAGGAGGAGAAGAACAAGAGGCAGAUGGAGAGGGCUCUGCUCGAGAGUGAGAAAAAAAAGCGAGAAAACGCUGAGAAGGAAACAGAGAAGAUUGCUCGUGAGACCAUGGAGCUGAUGGAGAGAUUGAGACAGAUUGAAGAGCAGACAAAGAGAGCUCAAGAUGAGCUGGAGGAGCAGACUCGCAGGGCUCUCGAGUUAGAGAAAGAGAGGACAAUUGCUCAGGAGGAGGCUGAGCGCCUGGAAAAGGACCGCAGAGCUGCAGUGGAAGCAAAAGCCGCCCUGCUUCACCAGUCUGAAACCCAGAUCAAGAGCCAGGAAAGCCUGGCCACUGAGCUGGCAGAGCUUACCUCUAAGAUCUCCCAGCUGGAAGACGCCAAGAAGAGAAAGGAUGAGGAGGCGAAUAGAUGGCAGAAAAGGGCGAUGGUGGUAGAAGCUGAUUUGGAGCGAACAAAAGAGGAACUGAAGACUAAACUCAUGGGUGUCCACAUCCAGGAUUCAGUCCACCCUCAUAUGCAUGAGCACGACGAGACGGAUGAGAGCAGUGCAGAGGCGAGUGCUGAGCUCACUUCACCAGGCAUGGUCCGGGAUCGCAGCGAGGAAGAGAGAGUAACAGAGGCCCAGAAGAACCAGAGGCUGCAGAAAAACCUCAAGUUCCUGAGCACUGAGCUGGCUGGAGCUGUAGACGAGAGCAAAAAGACCCCCAAUGACCUGAUCCACGCCGAGAAUGUGAAGGCGGGCCGUGACAAAUACAAGACCCUACGUCAGAUUCGUCAGGGCAAUACCAAGCAGCGCAUUGAUGAGUUUGAGUCCAUGUGAGAGGGGCUGCUACAGGCCCGCACAGACUGAAAACAAGAUGAGGAUAGAUAAUGAAAUUGGACACAUUGAGAGUUUUUAGAAGCAUGGGUGUAUUAUGAGACAAUGGGUCCCUAGGCACAGUCAGGUGGAGAGCCCCACCAUCUCUUCUACAUAAGAGCAGUACACACAGACUUUAGAGUUGUGUAGCCUGUUGUUUUGUGUCUCUUUGUUGUUAUUUUGAAGUACUUUUGCAUCAAUUUAUUAUUAAUCCAGUCUUUUUCUUGUUACUUUUUUCUCUUUGGUUGUUUUUCCCCUUUUUGUUAUAUUGUUGUAUCUCUUUGUAGUUUUUUUGUGUCCCUUUGUGGUUGUUUUGUGUGUCUUUGCAGUCAUUUUGUAUCGUUUUGCAUCUCUUUGUAGUCAUUGUGUGUCUUUUUGUGGUUGCUUUGUGUGUCUUUGCAGUCAUUUUGUAUCUCUUUGUGAUUAUUUUCCCCUUUUCAUAAUCUCUUUGCAGUUGUUUUGUGUCUCUUUUGUAGCUGCUUUGGUCUCUUUUUACUUUUUUUGUGAGUCAUUUUUAUUUUCUUUGUGGUCGAUCUGACUCUCUUACUGGUCAGUAUGUUCGUCUUUGAGUGGGGUUUGGACACUUUGUAUCCCUGGGUCUGUGCCCGGUAAGCCCAUUUAAUAAUCCAUCCAUGUUUAAAAGUGUAGGUGCAGAUUAUUGCAUAAGUAGAAGAUGAACCUGACAUAACAGGUCGAAUGUUAUUGCAAAUCAUGUUUCCACUUGUAAUAUCAAUGAUUUAAAUGCCAUUGUAUCUGGAAACAAGUUAGAAGUACAUUUUUAUUUACAUAGCAACAACAACAAAAAACACCUUGAUGGUCCACUUCAGUGUUGCAAAGAUAUGAGUCAAACAUAAUCUAUGCUGUCAUUUAUGAAAAGCUUUGCCGUUGUCCUUGCCAAUCAUAUGACACACAUUUGCAAUUUCCAUUCGCCACCUAAUGAAAACUUUACUAAUAUUAAUUAAUUAAGAAAUUACAUUUGAAACCGUCCCAUUUAAUGUCAAAUCCUUUAUUCUUUAUUGCAGAAAUAAAAUACACAGAAACAUUAUCAGUGCGUUGUUUGUGCAUCAAUAUGAAUGAGGAUGCAUCACUUUGACUGUGAGGCAAACUGCUCAAAAGCUGUGAUCAAAAACUAUUAUCACCAAUGAUCAACCUUAAAUAGGUGUUCCUCCAUCCAAUAUAAAUAAACAGAGAAAAAGUUACAUUGACAUGCAUGUACUGUAUUCCUUAAAGAGAUACUUCAGGUUUAUGGAAGUGGGGUGCCAUUAGGGUAAUUUAACCUUGCAGUUAUCAUCUGUUAUUGUGUGCCUUUGAAUCUGAACUAACCCUUUAAAACACCCAAGUCACACAAUAACACAAACAAACUAAACAAGUGAGGCAGUGGUAAAAAAACUGGUUUGUAAAUGGAGUCUGGUUGCUUUGAAGAGAGCAUAGAUAACAGCUUCUGUUUCCCUCAUCUAAAAUUAAACAGAGCUGUGUGAUGGUAAGGUAUGCUCUAUAUUCUCGUAAUAAUACCACACUGCAGAAUUACUCCACUACAAAUAAAAGCCCUGCAUUCCAAACUUAAUUAAGUAGGCCUAAAAGUAAAAAAGUAUCAACAUCAACAUGUACUUAAAGUAUCAAAAGUAAAAGUAAUUGUUAUGCAGAAUGUACCCCCUGAGAUUGUUUUAAAUUUUCCAAACAUAACAACGUUAUUAUUGAUGUAUUAUAUAGCAAAAUUUAAAUAUUGUCAAGUCAGUGUUGCUGGUUUCACUAAUUAAUAUACUGUUAUGUGGUUUAAAUGAUAAAAAUGUGUAAUUAUUUUAAAUUGAUGAUGUUUUUCAUGUUAAAUCUCGACCUGAAAAGUAAUUGAAGCUGGCAGCUAAAUGUAU